UACCACCACUCUAGUAAAAUCACAGAGAAGAAUUACAAAAAAUGCAGCUUUGUUCUCGAAGGGUUUCAGCGGCAUGCCUCAAAACAGGCCCUGCCAGUUGUGGAGAGGUGGACUGUUGACAGUGCAGUGGACAUUGAAAUUGACAGAGCGGAAGUUGACCCGGAUGAAGAAGAGCAUUUUGCUUCAAUGAUUGAAAGCAGAUGUUCCCAGUCAGACGCAGUCAGUGGUAAUGAAUUUGUGACACCAGAGGAAGCCAUUUCUAAAUCCAAGGAUAAUGUCGCUAGUGGCAUAGAAAUUGAUAUUGCUGAGGGGGACAGCAAUGCUGAAGAAGAGUUUGCAUUACAAAUGGCGAGCAAAGCCACCUGCAAUGUUGAGACUGAUAACGUUACUCAUAUUCCACUGGGAAGCCAAUUGGAGCCUUUGAGCUCAAGUGAUGGUGUUUCACCAUCAAGCCAUCCACAUAUUUUGAAAAGAAAUAGGCUGGAAGUUUUUAAUUCAAGUAACGGUUUUUCAAAGUCAAGCUAUCCAC